AUGGAUGCCAAAAUUAUCCAUGACUCGUCCCCAGAGCAUCUCGCUAUGGGGUCUGAGAAUGGCUCAAACCGGGCCCUCAAGCGUCAAAAGUCAUUCUGGGGCAGUCUCAGAUCUUAUGACGGAAUCCAAGUCUGCGCAACCGUAGCUUCCAUUGUGUUGGGGCUAAACGUCAUCCUAGCGAUAGUUGCGUUUAGCAUUGGCUAUUCGAAGUCGAGCGAGAGCGGCUUUUUAACUGUUCCACUCUAUAACGCCGUACUUCUCACUUCUCAGAGCUCAAAUGAAUACAGUGUCCUUGUCGUGCCAUCAGAUUACACUGGCAGUCGGCCGCUGAGUCUUCCUCAUUCCUCCGAGUGCUUUCAAUCCCGUGUGCAUCAAUCACUAGCCGACUUCAACUUGGAUAUUGCAAAUGGCAGGUUUGAUGUCCUGUCAAAAGAACAAUGUCUAAAGACAUUCGCUGUGAGCUACCCCCAUGGCCACAGGUCCCUGCUUGUCUUGUCAAAAAAUCUGACCUGGGACCUGCAAGACCCUGUCAAAUUUGCGGGGAAUGCAAACUCCCCAACGGACUAUCAAUCAAUCGAGUCACGGAGCCCAGCUUCUUGGAUGUGUCCCUCCCGUAACAAAUCUGUGUGCACUUCAUCGACAAUUCAGAAGCAAUUGCCUGAGUGGAAGAUCUUGGCAUCCGUUUUGGAGGAACCAACAUGGACCAUCACUGCACCUUUGGACAAUGGAUCAAUGACAUAUACUCAAGAAAACUACACUAGUUGUGGCCGCGAGACCUCGUCUUGUUGGAACAUGUUUUCUCUAGCUCAAUUCCUCUGGGGAACCACACUCGCCCCGACGGGUGGAAUCCUACCUGUCACAAAGCCUGACCUUCAACAAUACCUUGGAUCAACUUCUGUGUGGGGAGGCAACAUUACUUGGGCAGAAGGAGUCGUCUAUCGGCAGUCUGGUUCACAAUGCUCCACAUACGAUGUCUUGAACACGCCCAAUACUAUUGGUUACUUUGAUUAUCCCUCAAUUGGACUUUACACUGUUGAUGGAUGUGUAAGUAUCAAAGGCGAGGAGAAAUGUCAACUACUUUUCAACCCGACAUUUUCCCUUGUGGUGCUUAUGUGUACUGCAGUCAAAGUUGCUUGUAUCGUGUUUGUGGCUCGCCGAGAACGAACGGACCGGCUUUUGACCGUUGGUGAUGCGAUUUCAUCCUUCCUCUCAAAGCGAGAUCCGUUUACCACUGGAUGUUGCACAUCAUCAAAAUCUGAUUGGAUCAGACGUUCCCGGUUUGAUGGAGCAGCUCAACAUAGGUAUGAGGGGGUUGCUCAACAGAGGUUAGACACUGGUACACGACGAUGGUGGCAAGCUGCUGGUAUCAGGCAAUGGGCUCUUACGCUCGGUCUAUCCUUACCUUGUCUUGGUGUGGCAGGGUUUCUACUCCAUAGCGGUUUGCAAGACACUAGACUAGAUUCCGUCGGCGGGACGAAUUGGUCUACUCUUUGGAACCUUGGACUAGGCUCUGCUAGUCCUUACACAUUGAUAUAUCGCUUGCAUACUACCCUACUCGGCAAUGUUCUUCUGGCCAAUACCCCGCAACUUCUUCUUUCCGUCUCAUACUACUUCUACAAUGCUACCUUGACUGCAAUGUUCAUGGCACAUGAAUAUGAGAGUUAUGCAAUUGGGGGAAUGCGCCACGACUCCACAGUUGAUACAAUACAGAUGUCGCCGGCCAAGGGACUUCGCGUGUCGAGUAAUAGAAAGGGUGCUCAACGCUCAUUCUAUUUCCUCAGUCUCCCAUUCCGAUAUAGUGUUCCACUCAUGCUAACAUACACUGCGUUGCAUUGGCUUCUGUCUCAGACCAUCUUCUAUGUCCAAAUCUAUAUGUAUGAUGCAGACAUGUAUCACGAUCCAAGCCUUGACGUCGAUGCGUGCGCGUGGUCACCAAUUGCUCUCAUAUUCACCAUCAUCGUUGGGUCUUUAAUGAUCAUGGCUCUUUUGGGACUUGCAAUGAGACCUUUUCGCUCGGUUAUACCACUUGCUGGGAGUUGCAGUGCUGCGAUCAGCGCUGCUUGUCACCCACCGGAAGAUGAUGUGGAUGCGGCACUGAAACCCAUCAUGUGGGGGGAGAUUCAUUCUCACUCCCCCUCUACGGACUCUUUUACACCCAUUAUAGUGGUUGGAAAAGCUCAUGACGAGACGGAUAUGAUUGAGAUGCAAGGCAAAAGGAAAGUUAUGCAGGGCCUUCCACGCUGCACCUUUACAUCGAUGCGUGUGGAGCGACCUACCCUUUUUCAAACUUACGAGUGA